GUCGCCCUUGUCACUCGCGCUCAUGGGUAAGCGCAAGAAGUCGUCUCGCAAACCCCAGGGUCCCCGCAGGAAAGACCCUUUAGAAACCCAAUUUACAUGUCUAUUCUGCCACCAUGACAAGUCCGUAACCGUGAGGCUCGACAGGAAAGAAGGCGUUGCACAGCUCUUCUGUAAAGUCUGCGACCAGCGAUACCAGAGCAAAGUGAACCAUCUUACUGAACCAAUUGACAUCUACUCGGAGUGGAUCGACGCUGCUGAUGCUGCAGAAAAGGAUAUGUUGUCGAACCGACGGACGACGGCGGGAUCAAGUCGAAAUGCUCCGGCCGUGCAUUUCGGCAGUGACAACGAGUAAAAUUCGGUCUUGUCAGCUCCAUUAUCCUUGCGCCACUCUGUAGCUCUAUACUCGGACAUUCGCUCUGUAUCAUCAUGGAUUAGUAGCCUCAUUGAGAAUCCCAUCCGCCUCUGUCUCCGUUAAUUCAUGAGCGUAGAAAGAGAC